AUGUCCCAUUCUGCUCAGAUCUUCGACCACCUAGAAAACAAAGUCUUACUCGCCUGGUUCCAGGUCCAACACCCGAAAUUCAUGGUCCGUGUCUUCGACCACUCGGGAAGAGAUGUUUUCGAAAAAGCCGCAAUCAUUGCUGAAAGAAUCCGUGUGAACAUCGCUAUCAUAGCAAACUUCGUACACCAAGGCGCACCCCCAGUACGAGUCUCUCCCCCACAACCCCAGGGCGGUAGAGACUCCAAAGACUUUCCCACCGGCUUCCUAGUUCACAAUGUAUCAGAAGAAACCAGGAAUAUCAUCCUUGACCAACGUAUCUGGGCCGCCAAUGAUAUCACAUUCGAAGCUCUCCCUUUCGGCUGUCCCCACCCCCCAGAAUUACUAUUCUGCCCCUCCGGCUUCACUACAGCCAAUGCCGAAAUCAUCGGGAAAACAGUUGCGGACGUCUGGGCACAUGAAGAAAACAGACACCGGAUAAACAACAUAUUCUCAAUGAGUGAAAUCAAGGAAGAAGAGCACGUCUACAAAGCCACGUGGGACUUAAUCAGAUCCGUCCGCGUCGAACAUCUGGAUUUCAAGAUCACGGGGGGACUCUCGGUUCCGCGUUUCAACAUAUUCGCGGUCAGCCCCUCCAAUGACGCGAAGACAUGGACCGACCUCAGAGGUUUCCUACACAUCCUAGACUACCCAACGGGUCUAGACGGAUGCGGGGUAGCUGUAGCUUUAUCACCAUGCCCAAUCUGUCAUUCCCUCGCCCACCCACGAGGCCUGUGCCCCUUCCCCAACGUACCUUUAUGGAACGGCCCCAAAGUAGGGAGUAGAAAUACCAUUAAUGCAUCUAGACAAACCGGUAGAGCGAGAGGCGGAAGGUCCGGAUGUAAUACCUAG